AUGGUCGUGUGGGCCUACCUCCGCCGCCUUGGCGAGCGUGAAAUGGAACGCCACGACCGCCUCCGAGCCCUCAUGGUCCGGCUCGAGGCCGAUGGCCAGGUCGACCGUCUCCUCCGCGCACGGGAGGACGACCACGCUGCAUGCACCGGCGAGGAGGAGCAGAUCCAGUACCCCUUCUUCACCAAGGGCACGCAAGAGCUUCUCAAGGCGCGUGUCGACAUUGCACGGUACUCGCUGCCCCGUGCCAAGGCCAGGAUUGAGAUGGCCAAACGCUGCCACGAGGAUUUCGAUGAGGACCCAGAAUCGGAGGCCGAACUCGUCGUGAAGCAGGCUGCGGAGUUUGUCCUGGAGUGUAGCGAGAUUGGAGAUGAUCGCCCUCUGAUCGGCUGUUCCUUCUCUCGUGAUGCAUCAAUGCUGGCCACAAGACUAGAAGAUGGACAUUUUCUUCGUGCAACCAUCGUUUCGUCCGUCUGCCUGCUCGCGACGUGCGUCCGCGCCUCCGCAUCCUCCUACUAG